AUGGUCAGAUACCACCAUCCUCUCAACAGGCGUCGUUACGCCAGGAACGCUUAUCUUAACUCCCCUCACGAUCCCUUAGGGUUCGGAGCAACUUUGGUCUCACCGGCUCUUGCAAAGCCCGAAGAUUACAUCAAUCACGCUGCUGUUUCGCAGUGGCUUGUCAGUAAGCGUCAGAGCUACCGCUCAAAUCUUCAGAAUGGUUAUGAACUAUGGGCAGUGAACUGUGUUACUGAGUACUUUACACCCCCACGGAUGUCGCCUGUGCCGGGUGAUGAGGAUUAUGACGAAGAAGAUCAUAAGGAUUCGAAUGAAGAACCUAUUGAUGACAACGAUCGUAAAACCGUCAGUGUCCUCUUCUCUAGGGGUGCCCACAAACGAUUCUAUCGUCGCAAUGGCGGGAUAUAUUCAGAACUUCGCCAGAGAGGCGUUGCCGAUUUUUAUUCUUCGAGGGACCAAAGAGAUAAUCGUAUCAAUGUCACAGUCAUGUCACUCGAUCGAAGUGGGAAGAAUGCGAUGCUUGUUCAGAAGUACUCGAAGUCGCGUGCCGGUAUGGUGGACAUUGCCGUUAUGGUGGACAUCCCAGGGCCAGGGAGUGAGACAUGGGCGAAAGAAGGCGGUGGUGGGUGGUGGGGUACUGCAAGAGAGACGGAAAAGUUACUAGCUGUAACCUGCCGACUCCGAAUGCAAAGUUCGCCAAAUGGGUUGGGUGUGCUUUUUGGUCUUGUCACAGGAGCUGUCCUUCUCGGGCUAACAGAUGACGAAGAGGACUACGAUUCCUUUUCUGACGAUGAAGAUGAAGAAAUGAAAAAUGGGUGCGAAGACGACCUCGGCGCUGGCUCCGAGCACGACCCAACAGUAACCAAAGGGAAGGGCAAAGGGAAAGCCAAAAUCGGCGAUUUCGAACCGACCCAGGAAGACAAUGGGGAUCUACAGUCGUCUUUUAAUUCCGAUGACCCCCCACCACAUCAUACUUCGGCCGUAUUUGUGCCAGACCCAAAGGAUCUUUUUGACAUACGCCUACCGCCUGAGACAUCACGAGGUGGCUACUACGAUAUGCUCUGGCAAGGUGACAAGUGCAGUGCGAUGUUCCAUCAUAUUGGAGGCUGGAAGGUGGAUUGA